GAAACCACCACAUACUUACCUACUGAAACCACCACAUACUCACCUACUGAAACCACUACAAACCCACCUACUGAAACCACCACAAACCCACCUACUGAAACCACCACAUACUUACCUACUGAAACCACCACAUACUUACCUACUGAAACCACCACAUACUUACCUACUGAAUCCACUACAAACCCACCUACUGAAACCACUACAAACCCACCUACUGAAACCACCACAUACCCACCUACUGAAACCACCACAUACUUACCUACUGAAACCACUACAAACCCACCUACUGAAACCACUACAAACCCAGCUACUGAAACCACCACAAACCCACCUACUGAAUCCACCACAUACUCACCUACUGAAACCACCACAAACCCACCUACUGAAUCCACUACAAACCCACCUACUGAAUCCACUACAAACCCACCUACUGAAACCACCACAUACUUACCUACUGAAACC